CCUUCCUUCCUCCCAGCAGCUCUUCAGUCUCAGCUCCUGCUCCGCAGUCUCACUUCAGAGGCUUUUAUCUCUAGGGUGAUGGAGAUGUUACUAAUUGUGAUCAUUGGCUUCUGUUGGCUGGCUCUUCCCGCCGCAGCGGAUCUGUGCAACUGGACCGGCAGUGGUUUUGCAUCUGCAGACUCCAGGGUUGUUCUCCAGGUGCGGCUGAGCUGCGCUGAGGGCUCAGUGAGGUGGGUGGACCCAGCUCAGGCUCUCAGGGUGGUCCUCGACCCCAAAGUGUCCUCCUCAGGGCGCAGCAGAAUCUGCAUCAAACCCUUUGCCUCCCUCGGGCGGGUCAGCAUGCUCGUGGAGCGGGCGGGGAAGCUGCAGCUUCUGCAGGCGAAGAGAGGGCGAGCGGAGCGCCAAGUGGUCUGCUUCAGCGCGGAUGGAGCAGAGAGGCCCGCGAUCUACCUCCAGGCCAGUCCGAGGGGCGACGAGCCCGGGGGCAGAGGAGUGAUCGGCUUCAGAUACGAGCUGCUGGGAAACAGGAGCGCUGCGCCUCAUGGAGGGAUGCAUGCUUCAUGCCGACCCUGCAGUGAAGCAGAGCUGCUCAUGGCCGUCUGCAACAGUGACUUCGUGAUUCGAGCUUACAUCAAGAACGUCUCUCACGACUGCUGGAGUCAGACUUCCUCGGUGGAGGUGUGGGCCUCUAGGGUGUAUUGGCAGCGCAGUGGGGUGUUCGAGCACCAGCUGGACCCAUCUGGCUCUCCAUCCUGGCACGGGCGCAUUCACACCAUGCUGCGCUGCCACGUGAAGCCUGGCGAUGGAGAGUUUCUCUUCACGGGGUCAGAACACUUUGGAGAAGCUUGGUUGGGCUGCGCCCCACGAUACAAAAACUUCCUCUCCGUCUAUGAAAAAGCCCGGCUGGAGCGUCGAAACUCCUGCGACUUCCCUCUGGGCUGAGACGUGCCGGUGUCAGCAGAAGAAAGCACUGUAGGAACCUUGUUAUGCUGUCAUUCCAGCGAGGUGGCGUCCGGCGUCACCAGCAGGGGCGAAGCCACGGAAACGCUGGUGAAAAACACAGAACAGGAGCAAACAGUGGGGCCCCCUGAGCCGAGGGCCCGCCUUUGUCUGUCCCCCAUCGAUGCCCAUCAUCCAGGGAGACCAAGGAGGGGUUGGGUUUCUUUUUGUGGCGCUCCCCACUUUAACUGUUGUUCACUUGGCCGGUUCUGUGUAACAGUUGCCCUAUGAACUGCAGCAGGGAGGAAAAAAGGAGCCCCCGCCAUUCACAAAAAACAGUUGAAUUGUACAUAUGACCUUGUAAAAGUGUGUUUUUACACAAAUAAAUGUCUAAAUCCUCUUAUUCUGCAUCUGUCUGUAUAUUUCAUUAUUCAUAAACUAUAAUUCAACAAAUCUUAAAUCUUUGAUUGUAGAUCAUCAAACAAUAAAAGUCUCAUAUUUUAAAAAAUGUAAUAGUCUAUAUAUAUUCUUCAAACCCACCAACUUUAUCGUCUCUUUCAUAUAAAGAAACACUGAAGUGGUUUUUAUAAUCCUGAAGCUCCCUCCUCUC